AUGUCAACAACAGAGAAACACAACACUGCUAUCGUUCAUGAAGCCAUAAAUGAAGAAUACGAGUACAUACAGUUUAACAAACAACUCCGUCUCAUUCGUUCGGUCAAAGACGAUAUGUACCAAAUGCAAAGUAUUUUGACAGCAUGUUUUGCUCCAGAUACUAAGAAACCACAAGACUGGUUUAGGAACCAAAGCACACAAGAACUUUUGAGCGAAGCACAGCGAGACCGACUUUUUUCUGGGUCGCCUAAAACUCAUGAAAACAGUGAAGAACAGCGAGUAAGUAAAAAACCGCAGUCGCCAAAACUCUAUGAAAACAGUGAAGAACAGCGAGUAGGGAAAAAACCCUGGUCGCCAAAACUCUAUGA